AUGGAAUUCACGAAUCGCCUCCCUUCCGAACUAUUUAUUCAAAUUUUUAAGAACCUUGAUGUAAAAUCCUUGUGCACCCUUGCUAAAGUUUCUCGUGGACUGAACGCCUUAUCUUCAGAUAACCAUGUUUGGUCAGUGUUGGCGUUGGAACGAUGGGAAAAUAAACAAGGAAUGAAAGAUAUCUGUUAUUGGAAAGGUAUCACUGAUUGCAACCAGAAUGAUAAUAGUACUCGGUAUAAUACACAGGAAAACGCUAACGAUAAUAAUAUAAGAAGUUCUAGCGAAAGUCAAGAUGAUGACACAAAUAGUCAUUUGAAAGGAUUUGAACUUUGGUUCAGUAGGCCAGGAAUCUGGAAACGCGUUUAUGCGUUCGUGGAAACUGAGGCGAAGAGGUGCAGAUGGGAUGUCGAGGAUCUGAUAGAGAAUGUUUGGUCGUUCAAGUUCAAUUCAUAUCCAAUACCCUACGAGCAAUCACCGAAAUUUCAUCGUAAUGGAAUAUACACACAUGAAGGAAUAAUGAAUGCUCGUUUUCCGUAUGUCUUCACCCAGGAAGGUCACAUAAGAGUGGAUCAAUUUCCUCCAUUGAUUACAGAAAGGGACCGCUCCACAUGGGCGUUCAAAAUGAAGAAUACCAAUGUGACUUUUGAAUCGUUGAGCACCCAAAGCUUUAAGAGAAAAUUGAAAGAAUUCGAAAGGAGCUUACUGAUCGAAUUUGGAAUAGUGGAUAGUGGUAAUGGUGAUCAUUAUAGAGCUGAGGAAGGAAGCGAUUCUCGAAAUUUCAAUAAUUUUUCGGAUGAUGAUUUCCAAGAGAAACAGCUCUAUGAAACCGAACCUUGGUGGUAUUAA